CAUUGUGUAUUUGAUAAUAGGUAUAGGCUUGCUGAUCAGGGAGAAAGUGAUUGGAGAACCAUUCGUGUUCAGCCUGAUGGGGCUACCACUUUUACAAUAUAUAAUCUACAGUCUGAAAAAGAAUAUGAAUUUCAGGUGCUCUCUCGUAAUAUACUAGGUGAUGGAUUAUUUAGUCCAAUAAUUCGGGCCAAGACUAAUCUUUGGGAUUUUAAGAGUGUUUAUCCAACAGAUUCCUAUGGUUCAACAUAUAUUCCCACAAUACAUAGGCCCUCAGGUACCUCAGAGACCUCCGUCCCUGCAGGACCAGCUCCAGGGCCACCCCACAAUGUCACUGUACAGAAGACAACUCAGGGGGUGCUUAUCAGCUGGAUGCCUCCAAAAAACAAAUCAGUGCCUGUAGCCUACUAUCAUAUUGACUACUAUUCACCAGACAAAGGUUGGAAACGUUGGGGUCCAAUAAAGGAUAAAACUAAUUAUUUGGCAAAAGGUUUGUCUGGUGGUACAAAUUACACUUUUCGAAUUAGUGCAUACUCAUUAAUGGCUAAAGAAUCACCAAGUGUUGAAGUGCAGUUUAAUAUUCAAGGUGAUGGAGAUCUUAAUCGCAGUAAGGCUAUUACUGCUGGGGUUGUCGGUGGAAUUCUUUUUUUUAUAGCUGCCAUUGUCCUUUCUGUAUGUGCAGUAAAAAUAUGCAAUAAAAGAAAAAGAAGAAAAGCGGAGAAAGGUAAGUAUCUAAAUUGAAUAGUCAUUCAAUUUGUUCAGGUUAG